AUGUAUAAUGAUGAUGAUGAUGAUGAUGAUGAUGAUGAUGAUGAUGAUGAUGAUGAUGAUGAUGAUGAUGAUGAUGAUGAUGAUGAUGAUGAUGAUGAUGAUGAUGAUGAUGAUGAUGAUGAUGAUGAUGAUGAUGAUGAUGAUGAUGAUGAUGAUGAUGAUGAUGAUGAUGAUGAUGAUGAUGAUGAUGAUGAUGAUGAUGAUGAUGAUGAUGAUGAUGAUGAUGAUGAUGAUGAUGAUGAUGAUGAUGAUGAUGAUGAUGAUGAUGAUGAUGAUGAUGAUGAUGAUGAUGAUGAUGAUGAUGAUGAUGAUGAUGAUGAUGAUGAUGAUGAUGAUGAUGAUGAUGAUGAUGAUGAUGAUGAUGAUGAUGAUGAUGAUGAUGAUGAUGAUGAUGAUGAUGAUGAUGAUGAUGAUGAUGAUGAUGAUGAUGAUGAUGAUGAUGAUGAUGAUGAUGAUGAUGAUGAUGAUGAUGAUGAUGAUGAUGAUGAUGAUGAUGAUGAUGAUGAUGAUGAUGAUGAUGAUGAUGAUGAUGAUGAUGAUGAUGAUGAUGAUGAUGAUGAUGAUGAUGAUGAUGAUGAUGAUGAUGAUGAUGAUGAUGAUGAUGAUGAUGAUGAUGAUGAUGAUGAUGAUGAUGAUGAUGAUGAUGAUGAUGAUGAUGAUGAUGAUGAUGAUGAUGAUGAUGAUGAUGAUGAUGAUGAUGAUGAUGAUGAUGAUGAUGAUGAUGAUGAUGAUGAUGAUGAUGAUGAUGAUGAUGAUGAUGAUGAUGAUGAUGAUGAUGAUGAUGAUGAUGAUGAUGAUGAUGAUGAUGAUGAUGAUGAUGAUGAUGAUGAUGAUGAUGAUGAUGAUGAUGAUGAUGAUGAUGAUGAUGAUGAUGAUGAUGAUGAUGAUGAUGAUGAUGAUGAUGAUGAUGAUGAUGAUGAUGAUGAUGAUGAUGAUGAUGAUGAUGAUGAUGAUGAUGAUGAUGAUGAUGAUGAUGAUGAUGAUGAUGAUGAUGAUGAUGAUGAUGAUGAUGAUGAUGAUGAUGAUGAUGAUGAUGAUGAUGAUGAUGAUGAUGAUGAUGAUGAUGAUGAUGAUGAUGAUGAUGAUGAUGAUGAUGAUGAUGAUGAUGAUGAUGAUGAUGAUGAUGAUGAUGAUGAUGAUGAUGAUGAUGAUGAUGAUGAUGAUGAUGAUGAUGAUGAUGAUGAUGAUGAUGAUGAUGAUGAUGAUGAUGAUGAUGAUGAUGAUGAUGAUGACAAACGGCACAGUGGACUCCGACUUCCGGCGAACCCCAUUUGA